AAGAAGAGGAAGAAGAAGAAGAUGAACGUGGAUCUGGAGUCGCUGGCGGAGGCCACUUCCGGUGCCAUUGGAUCACUCUUAAGCACCACCAUCCUCUACCCUCUCGACACCUGCAAGACCAAGUAUCAAGCUGAGGCUCGUUCCCAUGGCCGCCAAAGAUACAAGAAUCUCUCUGAUGUGUUAUUGGAGGCAAUAGCAAAUCGCCAGGUGCUUUCGCUUUACCAGGGCCUCGGAACAAAGAAUCUCCAGUCCUUCAUUUCACAGUUUGUCUACUUCUAUGGUUAUAGCUACUUUAAAAGACUGUAUCUGGAAAAGAGUGGAUACAAGUCUAUCGGAACAAGAGCAAACUUGCUAAUUGCUGCUGCUGCUGGGGCUUGCACAGCUGUUGUGACUCAGCCCCUGGAUACAGCUUCUUCAAGGAUGCAGACAAGUGACUUUGGAAAGUCUAAAGGGCUAUUGCACACCCUUACCGAAGGCACCUGGAGUGAUGCUUUCGAUGGCCUCAGCAUUUCCUUGUUACUGACCUCUAAUCCUGCAAUUCAGUAUACAGUGUUUGACCAGCUGAAACAACGAGCACUGAAGAAUAAACAAAACAAAGAUGAUAAAGCAUCCCUUUCUGCAUUUAUGGCGUUUGUUUUGGGUGCAAUUUCCAAGAGUGUGGCUACCUGUUUAACUUAUCCAGCCAUCAGGUGCAAAGUCAUCAUUCAAUCUGCAAACUCAGAGGAAGCAAACACCAAAAAAGAGAUUAAGAAACAACAGAAAACAAUCUCUGCAGUACUCUAUGGAAUUUGGAAAGCAGAGGGCAUAUUGGGAUAUUUCAAAGGAUUGAAGGCUCAGAUUUUAAAAACCGUUUUGAGCUCAGCACUCCUCCUAAUGAUCAAGGAAAAGAUUUCUGCCACCACUUGGGUUCUUAUACUUGCAAUUAGAAGGUUUCUAUUACUCCCUAGCCCUAGGGUAAAAAACUUGUAAGUUAUAAUAGUGGUUAUUGGAGGAAGGAGCUUCAAUCCAUUGUGGAUAGUGGAUUACGGUUGGUGCAAUGUCUACCGAAAGAGUCAUUUUUCUGAAGCUAAGGCAUCGAAAAUGAAUUAUGACUUCUCGUUGGUCCUCUUUCCAUAGGUUUUGAUAUAGAAUGACUACUCCAAGAAAUUAAGGAAAUACUGAUAGAGUUAAGCAAUGAAGAAACUCUUCAAGAUAAAUGCGUUGUUAGUAUUGAUUUGUUUCAUUUCUUGUUUUGGGUUUGGCUGAUGUAUAUGCUGUGAAACCUUGAAUUAGAAGGGUGUUAGUUAAGAGUAGCUUAGGAGUUUUACAAAUAAGCACCCUUUUUUUGUGUAUGUACUCACAUUUAUUCCCUAUUUAUAAAUUUUGAGUAAGUUUUCCUA